AGCACGAAAGCGCACAAAAAAAUAGGCAAUAACGUACAUUUUAAAAAAGCACGUAGUGAGCAAUGUCAAACGAAUAAUGUCGGGUGCUCCUGUGACUAAAUCGAUACUGUGUGUAUGUCACAUUGCACAUUCAUCCUCGUAUAACAGAAGAGCAGAUAUAAGGCUGACACGGAGACCCACUGCUGGACUGACUGGGCUGCACGCGCGCUACUGGUGGGCUGUGCGGCGGCGUCACGCGACUGAAGGUGGCGUGAAAUGAAGAAAACUCCCUCGCGGAGGGGAAGAGCACUAUUUAUUUAUAAGAGCGUAUGGGAACGGGAGAAACUGGAUUAGCUUCCUCGAAUAAAAUGGCCAGAAACACCUCUCUUUAUUUUCGAAUUGUCGAGGGCAGGAACCUCCCGGCCAAAGACGUCUCCGGAACCAGUGACCCAUACUGCAUUGUAAAAGUUGACAAUGAAGUUGUGGCCAGGACCGCCACAGUGUGGAAGAACCUCAGUCCUUUCUGGGGUGAAGAGUACACACUGCACCUCCCGAUGGGGUUCCAUUCACUCUCCUUUCAUGUCAUGGACGAAGACACAAUCGGUCAUGAUGAUGUUAUCGGAAAGAUAACCCUGAGCAAGGAAGCCAUCGGAUCUCAAGCCAAAGGUAUAGACAGCUGGCUGAACCUGACGAGGGUUGACCCUGACGAAGAAGUCCAGGGAGAAAUCCAUCUGAGCCUGCAGCUACUGAAAGAUACAGAGAAGAUCAGCCUGCGAUGUCAAGUUAUUGAGGCCAGAGACUUGGCUCCAAGAGAUAUUUCUGGAACCUCUGAUCCUUUUACAAGAGUUAUUUUCAACAACCACAGUGCAGAGACCUCGAUUAUCAAGAAGACUCGUUUCCCUCACUGGGUGGAGACCCUGGAGCUGGAGUUGGAUCCAGAGGAGCUGAGGGAGGAGGGAACGGUCACUGUGGAGGUCUGGGACUGGGACAUGGUGGGAAAGAACGACUUUCUGGGAAAGGUGGAAAUCCCUUUUGCUUGUUUGCACAAGACACCUCCGUUAGAGGGCUGGUUUCGCUUGCUUCCCUUGGGGAAUGAUGAGGUUGAUGCUGGUGGCAAGCUGGGAGCACUGCGUCUGAAGGUGCGCUUGGUGGAGGAUCGGAUCUUGCCGUCUGUGUACUACCAGCCUCUCAUUCACCUUCUGGUGGAGUCCGUCAUCUCCCCAACGGAGGUGGAGGAUAGCAGUGCUCUGACCAUGCUGGAGGAGGUAAACACGGUCGAGAGCCGACAGGAUGUGGCGAUGACUCUGGUGAAGAUCUACCUGGGCCAGGGCCUGGUGGUGCCCUUCCUGGAUUACCUCAACACGCGGGAGGUCAACCACACCACUGAUCCAAACACUUUAUUUCGCUCCAACUCCCUUGCCUCCAAGGCCAUGGAACAGUUCAUGAAGGCUGUUGGCAUGCUCUAUCUCCACGAGGUGCUGAAGCCCAUCAUUAACCGCAUCUUCGAAGAGAAGAAGUAUAUUGAGCUGGACCCAUGUAAGAUUGAUCUAAACCGGACAAGACGAAUUUCAUUUAAAAGUGCAGUGUCAGAGGCAGAUGUGCGGGACAGCAGCGUGGAGAUGCUGCAGAGCUACUUAACCACCAUCAUCGAAUCGAUCGUGGGCUCAGUCGAUCAGUGUCCUCCUGUCAUGAGAGUGGCCUUCAAACAGCUACACAAGAGAGUUGAGGAGCAAUUUGCUGAACCUGAGCAUGAGGACGUGAAGUAUCUGGCUAUCAGUGGAUUCUUUUUCUUGCGUUUUUUCGCUCCUGCAAUCCUCACACCUAAACUGUUCCAGCUGAGGGAUCAGCACGCGGACACACGUACCAGCAGAACGCUGCUGCUGCUGGCCAAGGCAUUGCAAAGCGUCGGGAACUUGGGCCUCCAGCUGGGUCACGGGAAGGAGCAGUGGAUGGCGCCUCUUCAUCCCAUCAUCCUCCGCAGUGUGGCUUCGGUCAAAGACUUCCUGGACAAGAUGAUCGACAUAGAUCAUGACAUCGUGUCGGAGGUGCCACAGAGGGCUGUAUUCAUGCCUUCAGUCACAGUUAAAGAGGGUUACCUCAACAAACACAAGGCAGAGGGACCACAGCUGCUUUCCCGCUUUGCCUUUAAGAAACGCUACUUCUGGUUGACUAGCGAGACGCUGUCCUACGCCAAGACGCCUGAUUGGCAGGUGCGCUCCUCUAUCCCUAUUCUUUGUGUGUGUGCCGUGGAGAGGGUGGAUGAAAAUGCCUUUCAGCAGCAGAAUGUAAUGCAGGUCAUCACCCAGGACAACGAUGGACAGCUGCACACCAUGUACAUCCAGUGCAAGAAUGUUAAUGAGCUGAACCAGUGGCUGUCAGCAAUCAGAAAAGUCAGCAUCUACAAUGAGCGCAUGCUGCCCUCUUUCCACCCAGGGGCUCAUCGCAGUGGCAAAUGGACCUGCUGCUUGCAGGUGGACCGUGCUGUUAUAGGCUGCAGCAGAACCCACUCAGCUGUGACACUGGGGGACUGGAGCGACCCGCUGGAUCCCGAUGUAGAGACACAGACCAUAUACAAGCAGCUUCUCCAGGGCAGAGACAAACUCAGGAAAAAAUAUGUAGAGAUUCCAGAUGCUGAUCAGACAUCCAGCAAUACAGAACCAAACUCUGACAGUCACCCAGAUGGUGCACAAUGCAACGAUCAGCUGAUGAAGCCAGGUCAGAGCGUUGCUGCUCGGCUGCUGGUGGUGAUUGAGGAUCUGGAGCAGGCUCACGCCACCUUCCAGCGCAGAGAAAAAGAGGACGGCACCAGUGUUAUUGUGAAUCCCUAGACUCGCCACGGACUUGGAUCUCACUAGCAGAUCCUGUAAAACGCUUUUGAUCUUUUGUAUCCUCUCAGUGCCACCG